UGAAAUACGAACCAACUUGAUCUAAGUGGGCGUGUCCUUAUUGCGUUUAGAUUUUUUUAGUAGUAAAUUAAGUAAACAUACAAAUCUUGUUAAAAAUGCCUCGAGCAACAGUAACCUCAAGGUAUAAAUUCAUUUGUUACAUUGAAUAAAUUUUAAUUAUUCACUGUAACUUAGUGUAUCAACUGUAACCGAGAACUGUACUGUGUACAGAGUACUGAGAAAGAAACUGAAAAGUGUUCAUAUUUUUAAUUUCAAAUUUAAUUAAAUUUCACAAUUUAAAUUUCAGUCAUUGUUGAAUUCAUUUUUCAAUCAUUCAAUGAGAAUCCAUCCAAUAUUUGAUUAUUUAUUCAACACUGAAUGAAUGAUAACAUGAUUCAGUUUCAUUUAAAAAGCAAGCUGAAGAGAAAUGUAAAAAAAAAAAAACAACUGGACUCUUCGGAGUUAACUUCAUGUAAAAUUUAAAUAUUUUAAAAUUAUUUUUAGAUAGGACUAUCAAUUAUCACUGUCACUAUUACUGUUAUAUGAACUUCAUUUGUAUUUAUUAGUACUAUUAGUAGUAUUAGUCAUAGUCAUAGUCAUUAAUAAGUUAAUUAGAGUUAUUAUUAUUUAUUUGCUAACUUAAGUCAAGCCUCUUUCUAAUUCUUAAACUUUUUCAUUUUAAGUCUAAGUAUAUACUGUUUACUAUAUUAUAUAGUAGACUAUAUAGUGUGGACCACUGUGAAGUGUUGACCAAUCCAAUGCAUCUCAAAAUUUGUAUGUCACAAACCAAAAUGUUAUGAAUAUGUAUGAAUUUAUUUUAUUUAUAACAUUAUCAAUUAUCCAUAUUGCAGCAAGACCUGCGACCUAUUUAUUUUAAUCAUUUUAGGUUAACCAUUAUUCCUUUUUAUCAAUAUGAUCACUAUAAACGACUGACUUGAAGCACUACGACAACCUGUUUGCUCACGAGCAUGCUAUGGCCCACAGACCACAACUUUGAGAACAACUGACAAUUGCGUUAGAAUUGAAAAUUAUAGCUAGGAUUACCUUUCUUAAAAAUAGUGGGACCCUCUCAUGCAUGGUUCCCCGCCCCGCGGCUUCCACUAAAUUGGUCGGAAUUAGGGUGUUGGGUACUAAAAGUAUUAUAUAUAUUUCCGGUGAUUAAUUUUAUUUAUUAACUGUACAGCCUGACGAAAUACCAGAUUGUCUGGCAACCCUAAUUGUAACCACAGACCUUAUACUUUGUAGAAUAAUUAUUAAUAAAAUCAUAAAAUGUGUGAGAUUUUUUAUUAUUUGCCACAUUGUGACAUGUUUCUGUUUAUCUACAAUGGGCAUUGUUAUUUUUUUUAGUAAUAGUCACUACUCAAUCUUAAAUUCCAUACCAACAAGGGCAUUAUAGUAUAAUUUAUACUGCAUUUAGAUUAUUUCCCAAAAUUUUGUUCAAUUUUAUGAAAUAGUCCUAUUUUUAGGAUUGUGUACUCACCAUCUGGAUUACUUGAUACCAAUCAUGAGCAGAUAAAAACAGAAUGAAGAAUGGUACCUCAGUUCUUUUUUUAAAAUUAUAUUUUUAAAGAAAAAUAUUCUACCUAAUUAUGUUUACACCUGAUAUCUCCCAAUAGUUCAUAAAUUAACAGCCCCACCCCUUAAAUCUGAUGCUGAUGUCAAAAUAAGGGUUGGAAAGGCCUGGGCAGCCCUUCCAACAACUCAAGAAUAUCUGGUUCUCAAAACACUUGAGCAACAGCCUAAAGAUAAGAACCUUCAACACCAUGGUGAAACCUGUUCUACUAUAUAGGGCAGAGACAUGGAGAACCACUGCUGUGAAUAUGAAGAGAAUCCAGUCCUUGAUCAAUAACUGCUUAAGAAGGAUUCUCGGGAUUCACUGGGCUGACAGAAUCAGCAACCAGAAAGUGGGGCAGCGGACAAAGCAGAAACCGGUAGAACAAGAGAUUCUCCAGAGAAGAUGGAGAUGGAUCGAUCAUCCACUCAGGAAACCUGCCUCCAGCAUAACUAGAAAAGCCCUGAACUGGAACCCUCAAGGAAAAUGGAAAAGAGGCAGGCGGAGGAACACUUGGCGCCGCGAAGUGGAAGCAGAAACUUGGCCACACUUGGGGGAAGCUGGAGACAUUGGUCAGGAUCGUGAGGCCUGGAGGACUCUUCUAGGUGGCCUAUGUCCUAGAAGGAUCACUCACAGACGUCAAUGAAAAUCUGCUGCUUUUCCUCAAGGACGAAUUGGCGAAAGAAGAAGACCCCUUUAAUCUAUGUGGUCAUUUGUAGAAAUCUCUUUUUCUCAUUUCAUGAAGAAAACAAUAUUUUUUACUCAGAGAACUGAAGAACAAAGACAGCGGCCUUGACCUCUUUGUUACCUCCUUCUCAGAGCAGAAGGGAAUAAUGACAUCAAUAGUUCAUUACCAAGUGGUUCUUGUGACCAACUUGUCAUGCUUCAAGCUCCCCAGUCACAAGGAAACUGAUGUUGUGCAAUACAGUGUAAGUUUACCAAUGUCUUCAGAUGUUUUUCACCUUGAUUUGCUUAAUUAUUUUACAGCUGGAUAAUGCAAUAAAUGAUUGCGGCUUUGUUUGUCAUUGACAACAUUAAAAAUACUCAUCUUACACCUGAAGUAUCUCACGUUUAUGUGGACUUAAAUUUCCCCUUGCUUUGAGGAGUGUAAUUUUGUUUUCCAAUCAAAAACAUCAAAUGGUCUUAUAAUACUAUGGGAAGGAUGUUUGUUUAAAAUGAUCUUCAUCUCAACAAUAAUUUGCCACUUUAUUUAUCAAACUCUGGUCAAAGGAGUAUUGACCAGGCUAAGUUAAGUGGGAGCAUAUUGGUGGCCAUCCCCCCAGAGGGGUGUAAUUAUACAAUUACCCCUCCCUUUUCAAUGUCUGGGAAAAUUCCAUGUAAACAUAUUAAUUGCUGGUCCAUUAGAAAAAAAAGUAUGGCUCAUUGACAAUUCAAAGAAAAUAUAACACAAUAGCUUGAAACAUAAAAUAACUGAUGUUUCUUUUUUAACAAAAAUAUUAACUUCUGACUAAAUGAGAAUGCUUUAAAAAUUCAGAAAAGUGAGUAGACAUAAAAUAUCCAAAUUAAUACACUUUCUCUAAUAUAAACUUAGCAAUGUGGUUUUCUUUUCCAGCUUGAUAAAAAAUUGAUGGAGUUUGAAGAUUUGAGGGCCAAAAUAUCGGAACUGUUUACAGGGACUGUGCUACCCACCAUCAACAAAAAGUCUAUGAUUGUCAAUGAUAUGGUUCUACGUGAACGUAGGAACAGCCUUGAUCAGCUGCUCAAGUUUUUAGCCUCAGUCCCCAAACUUGCAACUUGUGUCCCUCUAUUGGAAUUUUUAGGUCUCAAAAUUCUUAAAUUUAAAUUUAAAACUGUAGUUAAGUUAAUUUUUUUUUUUUUACAUGAUGAUUCUGAUAAAUUUAAAAGUUAGAAUGUUAUGGCCAAAGCUCCUUGGAUACAGCAAAUAUUCAGACGAAUGAUAUUUCUUUCCCAAGGUAGUUUUCCCAAGUUUCCUAAAACAUUAGAAUCAUUGUAAUUUAUCUAGACUGUUUCAGUAUCUCCACUUUUGAUUGAUGAAUUUGCAAAUCACUUGAUAAAAAAUUAAUUAUAAAUUUAAACAUUGAAAUUAUUUUAAACAUUUUUCUCUCUUGGAAAAUAUAUGCAAAAUUUAUUGAAUAAUUGAAGGAAAUGGAUAAUGUAACAUGUUCUAAACUCUCCCUUCAUAAAUUGUAUAAAAAGUGGCUCAAAUUAAUAUUAUAAAUUAUAAAAAAGAAAACCAUUACAAUAAAUGAAUUGAAAACAAUCAUUAGGAUUUCCAAUGGGACAAGUUUUUAAACUUUUUUAGGAAGUAAAUAUUUUAAAAAAUUAAAAUAUUGUAAUAAUUAACCAUUGCAAUUUUAGUUUUGAUUUGUUAAGCUUAACUUUGUCUAUUAAAAAAACAUGAACAAACCAUAAUAAUUUGGACCAUAUUGAUGUAAUAAUAAACUGUAAACACAAAUAAUAAUUAUUCAAUGCGGUUUUGAUUUAUUUCCCUGUAGGGGUUGAUGCCAACAGAGCAAAAAAUUUCAGUCCUGGUGAAACAUUUGAAGAGACUUCAUCUUCUUCUACGAAAGAAAAGCAAGGGAAAGAAACUCCUGAAGAGUAAGCACAUUCAAAAAAUUUAACAAAUUUACUUUAAAAUUUUCUGUGGAUUUUUUGGUUAAAUACAGCUUGACAGGAGCCUUUCUAUAACAUCAUGAUGUAAUAGCUGCUCUGGAGCUGAUAGUUUUAAUUUAAAAAAAUUAUUCUAGUUUUAUUCAGUUAUAUAUGUACCUUUACUGACAUGUGUUCAUUUGAUCACACCCAGCAGUGACAGGGACUUCUUUCAGGAGAACACUGAUGAGCAAGAGGACAGUGAACUAUUUGAGGAGGAAAAAGGAGUGUUUGAGGAAAGAGAAGAACGUAAUCCAAGUAGGUUGGCAAUAAUAUUAACAGCCUAUCACAGUUAGAGUGCUAUAUCAUUAGAUAUUGGUGGUCACAAUUUGUUUAGGAAACAUGAUUUCUUCAACCCUCAAAGUGUAAGAGUGUUUAUGAUCUAUGAUCCUCAACUGUUAGAGGACUGGUUAAAUUUACUAAUAUUUUGGGGGUUUUCUUUCAGUGAAGGUUGUGUUUAAAAAUUAUCUCCCCACCGUGUGGGCUUAAUUAUAUAUAUAUAUAUAUAUUUAUUUAUUUAUUUAUUUUUAUAUAAAUCCCCAUCCUUUGGACAAAUCCUAUGUAAAUAAUAAUAUAUUAAUCCACCCCUCCUCUUCCAAGCUACUCCUAGAUCAAGUCUUGGUGGCAUCUUCAUUUCUUGUAAGACUUUUAUCUCCUACAAUGUUAUCUAGUUUCCAUUAUUUUUUUUUUCGCAGCUCAUGUGCAAAUGUUUGAAGAGCAAGAUCUCAAACGAGAUCUCACAGAAGAUGAUGAAAAGGAUUUUGGUUUCAUCCCCGAUGCCAUCAUUACUAAAAAGGAAACGGUUCAAGUUUUUGAGGAUGAUAUGUCAGAUUUAUUUCAGUAAGGUCAUAAUAGUUGUGUCUGUUUAUUAAAGUGAGGUCAUAUUCCGCAGCAUUCACGUCCCAGUUUUUAUAAUGAAACAAUUGAUUGUGCUGAUUAACAACAUCAUUUAAUAUCACACUUUUUAAAAAAUUUCUGACAUGUUUCAGCACCGGCUGUAAUCCCUGAAUUUUAUAGCUUGAUAGAAUUUGAAACUAUCUUAUGCUUUUUACUAUUAAAAAAAGUGCAUUAUUAUUUUAAAAAAACAUAUAAUUUGUAAGAUCUUAAGUAUGAUCUUAAAAAUUAAUAUUAGGAGAAUGGGCAUGCACUUAUGUACCCACUGAAUCUGCCUCUGAAGAUUAUGCAUCAUAAGCCUAUUCAUCCCUAGACUGAAAGUGUCCUGUAGAUAUUUUAACAAAACUUGGGGGUGGGGGGGUUUCACCCUGCAUUUAGUUAUACUAAUGUGUUAAUAUUAACUUUUUAUCCUUCAUUCAAAUUAAUGUCAUUGUUAAUUAAAACGCUUGACACUAUUUCAUCAGAGAUGAUGAUGACCUUGACCAGCUAAUGAACCUUGACCUCAGAAAGAAGAAAACUCAACAGAAUUCUCAAGAAGAUUUGUCGCUACCUACAGCCACCACUUCUCAAACAGAGUCUUCCCCUCAGAUAUCUCCAACCGCUCCAGCAGCAGCCGUCAAGCCCACACCGCCAGCCAAGCCAAGUUUGCCUCCCAACAAACCAAAGCUAAACCACCCGCCAGUAAAUCAUUUGCCAGGAGCAGAACCAGCGGGUAAACCUGCCCUUCCGGCCAAACCAAAACCAGCACCAAGGACAAAACUGACCAGUCAAAACAGUGAUACAGGUGGCAGUGUUGGGGCCAGUAAGCCGAAUUCUGCGUUAGACAGCCAGCCAGGAACCAAUGUCUCAGAAAGUUUAGACCAAGAUGACAUUUUGAAAUAUUUGCAGGACAACUUGUCGUCCAAUAAAGAAGAAGUUGACUUGUUUUCUUAGUAAAACUCAGGUGAAGAUGUUAGCAGCUUUUUGUCAUUGACUUUGUUUAUAAAAUAUUUUUAAAAAUUAGCUAUGGAAGAAAUAUAAAGAUGUAUAUAUAUAUAUUUUUUAAAUUUAAUCACUGAAUAGAUUAUAUUUUUUCAUUUUAAAUCUGCAUACUUUGUGGAAACUGAUGAUACUAUUAUUUUAUAUUCUAUUUCCAAAUGAGAAAGUACUAAAUUUUAUUUGUACUCCAUGCAGAAAAUAAAGAUAGAAGUAAAUAUAAAAUCGUGUGAUAUUUAAAAAAAAAAAAACAGUAUUAAAGUAAAUUGUUAAUCAACAAUUGUAUUUUACUGUAAUAAUUAUUAAGUUUCAAGACUGAGACUUAGACACUUACACAAAAAUGUUAUGGAGAGCCUUCUUCAUUUCUCAGACUGUUUGUGUGUGCCUGUAUUAUGUUUAUAUUUAUAUAAAAUGCUUUUAGAAGUGAUUCUCUUUAUAGAAAUUAAAUGGGUUCACAAAAUAGUAUCUUGAAUGAAAAAAUAUUAAUUACAAUUAUUAUUGUUUAAUCUUCAUUCACGACUCACCAAAAUGCAAAUUUUUUUGAAAAUCAAUUUUUAUUAUGAUAAAAAUAUAUGAAAUUAGCAUAUUUCUUAGAAUCUUCUGUUAAUUAUUCUUAAAAUUCUGUUAAAUGUGUUUAUAUUUAUUUACAGGGUGGCCUAGAAAAAAAAAAUAACCUCUCUUACAUUGUAAUAUAAUUACAUCAACAUUUGUUAAGUGUAUCCAUUAAUGAUUUACUUAUGUAACUAUAUAACUAUAUGACAUCAUUAGUAUGACAAUUUCCAGUAGCUAUAAAUGACAAAACAUAUUAAUUCAAUUAUAUUAAAUAACCUUUUGCUGAAAGAUGUUCUCACUUUUUUUUGGGGCCACUCUGCAUAUAUGAAGAACAUUAUUCAUGAAAAAAAAAAUUUCAACUUAUAUAGAAAAAUAUCCUUCAUUAAGUUAAAUAUUUUAGUUUUAAAUUAGAAAAAAGUUUCCUCAAUUGGUUUUUUUUUACUGUUAAAAAAAUAUAAACUUUUAAUUGAUAUGAUUAUUUGUUGAACCAUGGGAAAUAACUGUGAUAUGCUAUUUCAUGUUGACUGCUCUUUGUUAAAUGUAUAAAAAAUAUUUUUGUUAAAUCAAAUGUAUUCUGAAUGAUUUAAAUAUUAUGUUCUUGUCUCUACAGUCAAUAAAAAAAAUCAGAAUUGAUUUUGAUCUACAUGAUUAAGUUUUCAAAGAAAUCAAUAAAAAUGUUAUAAUUUGUAUUGCUUUGCAAAAGUUUUGUCAAAAUGCCUUUACUUUUAGCAACAAACAAAAAAGUAUUAACUACCAACACAGCUAGACUUAAUAUAAAAACAACAACAACACUUUUUUUUAGCACAUCUUUGGAAAACCAUGACCAUCCAACUUAAAUAUAAUUUUUUACAAAGAUUGUUUUUAUUUGACAGUAUUAUUAUUUGAAUAUUACCAUUUAAAGGAAAGAAUUAUUAAAUGAUAUCUGAGGGUGAAUGGUGCUUGCUUGUUUUUUCUUUAUUUUGCCAUUGAAAAAAAGGAUUAUUAGGAUUUAGUAAUUCAAUUUAUUUUGACUUGCUUCAUAUGCAUUGUUUCUAAUAUUUACCUAUGACGAAGUAGCAAUAUACAUACCUGGGUUUUUUUUUAGUUGAAAAAAAUGUAUAAAGAAGUCCUUUUAAAUAAUGAAUACUAUUUUAGAGAACAAAAAAUUUUUUUAACAUGAUUUGAAUUAUUAUUAUUUUAUUAAUCCAAUAUAAAACAGUUUUGAAUAAUUUAUCCUAGGUUUCUUUCUACAAUUUGUAUAUAUAAAAAAAUAUAUUAUUUGAAUACAAACGUGUUAUAAUAAAAUGAUGCAAAGUAUGAGAAAUGGGUCACAAAUAAAAAUGCAUGAAUUAACAAAUUCCACAUUCAUACUGCUCAUGAUGGCCUGGAACACUUAGUGGGAAAAGUACAACAAAUUUUACUGCGUGUUCUAGGAUUGUACACAUCAUGAUUGUCAAAGAGCAGAAUCAAUUAUUAAAAAAAAAACAUUAAAUUUAAUUAUCUCUCAUACAAUUUAGUUUUGUGUUUCUAAAAAGGAUUUGCCUGAAAUUUACCUUCUUCCCAGCAGUUUAAAAAAAAAUUAUAAAAAAAUUCCAUUAUUACAACUGUUUUAAUUUCUCAUCCUGUUUACUGCUCCCCCCUCUCCACCCCCUCCCCACUUUCUUUUGAAUUGUUACUUUAUAUUGUAAUUGUAUAAAUUAAUCACACCAAUACCAAUAAAUAAUCCUCUUGCAUGAUAGCCUUAGGGCUUUUUUCAUUUAAAAAUCUGGUUUAUACUGUUUUUCUCAUUAGAGAAGUCUACCAAGCAUCUCAGUAUUUUGUAUUUAAAAAAAAAAAAAAUUACCUUUAGUUAGAACAAAAAAUAGUUUUCAUUUAUUGUAUGAUGAAAAAUAUUAUCAUAAAAAAAAUAAAACUGCGCAUAUGGUCAAAAAAAUAUAUAUAAAAAUAUAAUAAUAAUAAAACAAAUACAUUUGAGAGAUUCAUUCAGGUUGGGUUUAAUUAUCACAGCACAUGCUUAGGAAAUAACAACAGUAAAAAAAGCUCUCUAUUUUUGUUUAUGUAUCCUAAAUAGUAAAAGAAAGAAAAAAUGGUUUCAAACAUUAACUGCAUUCCUUAUUUUUAAAACAAAUAAACAAUAAGGGGGGGGGGGGAAGAAAU